AUGAUUUCGAGGUACCAGAUAAUCAUCUGUGCUCUUUUGCUUUUUGGCGCGGUUUUAUUCUAUGAAACAAUGGCGCAAGUGGAUGGUUACACACCUGGCGUAGACUAUCCAAUUUACAAUUCGGUGCCGUUCGGACUUGCGUUUACCUGUGGAGGAAAGUUACCUGGAUACUAUGCUGAUCCCGAGGCCAGAUGUCAGGUGUGGCAUUGGUGCUUGCCAAAUGGACGUCAGUUCAGUUUCCUUUGCCCAAAUGGUACAGUGUUUAGUCAAACUACUCGCGUUUGUGACUGGUGGUUUAAGGUCGAUUGUAAUGAUUCACCGAGACUUUACGGCAACAACGAUGAACUUUACAGAGAUGUGAAUGGAAAUAAAAUCUAA